AUGUCAAAACAGCCAGUUUCAAAUGUCAGAUCCAUUCAGGCUAAUAUCAACAUCCCAAUGGGAGCAUUUCGACCUGGAGCAGGGCAUCCUCCCAAAAGAAAAGAAUUUACACCUGAAGUGGAGGAGAGCGUUCCUGCUUCUACAGAGGAGGAGAAGAAGCAGCUCCCAGGAGCCAAGAAACUUCCAGGCCCUGCUGUCAACUUAUCAGAGAUCCAGAAUAUAAAGAGUGAGCUGAAAUUUGUCCCCAGAGCUGACCAGUAG